CCGUCGCAGUCCAAAAUAAUUUCUUUAUAGCCUAUGUGUUUCUUGUCGUUCUGAUUUUCGAGCUCGUACCCCAAUCGACGGUGAUUCGUCAUCAUUUAAAUAACAUUAUCGCUUUUAAUUCGUUCGCCGUUUCCGUUUGUGAUGUUGGGCAAAUGCCUACCGACUUGACAGUGGUCCGCCGUUCAUCCGACCGCGUUAGGUCCUGUGCCGUCUGUGUGUACUUGCGCCGAAUGCGCGACCCUUUGAAAGUAUUGGCCGGACUAUUCGCUCGCACAUCGAGUACCAAGCAAUGUGAUAUGUAAUUGUUAUCAUCGAAUUUUGGUAGCUAUGUAGCAAUUUGUAUGCAAAUACAGAGCACACCGAUGAAAAACGCCAACAAUUAAAAUGAUGGGUAAGUCUAAAUCCCAUCUAAUGAUGGGUAUUGAAUAUGAUACUUUUGAAGAUAAAAGAAAAAACUGUUGUUUUUUUUUUUUAAGCAUAAACUAACAUCAACGUUUUAUUUUUGAUUAGCUGGUAUUUUGAUUUGUAGUUUUUCGGUGAAAUCAUAAGUUACCUUACAAAUCAAUGUAUAGAUAAAGUAAAACCCGAUCCUCGGCUGCCAUGGGUGAAGGCAACCAAAGAUAUAUAGUGCAAGUAUUUGUGGGUGCAUUAUCACAAUGUUAUGAAGCACUUAGUGUGGAGGCCAGCAAACAAACCACCUCUGAUGAAAUAGUUAGUUGUAUCGUAGAACGACUUUCUUUAUCAGGAGGAUGUGGAACAGGCUAUGCUGGUACAUUUGAACUUGCUGAGGUUGUUGGUGAUGCUCUUGGGCGAGAAUGUAAGGAACGUAGGCUCGGCCCUACAGAAUGUCCUGUUGCUGUGAUGCUACUAUGGCCCCAGCCUCGUAGGCAUACACAACAACAAGAAUAUUAUAGGUUUUAUUUAAGAGAAAAAUUAUCUGAAAAUUUAUGGGCUGACGGUUUCACCAUGGAUCCACAACUUAUACGAGAUUACUUCUAUAGAUUUCUCUAUCAACCACAAGAUCGAGAGUAUCCAGAUCUUUGUCAGCUCCCAGAUCUCAACGAACAAACUCUUUUAGAUAAUCUUAGAGCACGAUUUACAGCUGGACAUAUUUAUACUUAUGUGGGCUCAAUUUUGAUUGCUGUUAAUCCUUUUAAGUUUCAUCCCAUUUAUAAUCCAAAAUAUGUAAAACUUUAUCAAAAUCGAAGACUUGGUCCAGAACUACCACCUCAUAUUUUCGCUAUAGCUGACGCUGCAUACCAUUGUAUGCUUAGAGAAAGAAAAAACCAGUGCAUUGUGAUAAGUGGGGAAAGUGGUAGUGGUAAAACAGAAUCAACCAAUUUUCUAUUACAUCAUCUUACUGCAUUAAGUCAAAAAGGAAGUCAUGGCAGUGGAGUUGAACAAACUAUACUUAGUGCAGGACCAGUCUUAGAGGCUUUUGGUAAUGCUAAGACUGCUCAUAAUAAUAAUUCUAGUAGAUUUGGUAAAUUCAUUCAAGUUAAUUAUAAAGAAAAUGGCAUGGUACAUGGUGCGGUUGUUCAGAAAUAUCUUUUAGAGAAAUCUAGGAUAUGUUCUCAAGGUCAAAAUGAACGCAAUUAUCAUGUUUUUUAUUAUUUAUUGAAUGGUGCAAGCGAAUCAGAAAAAGAAUCUUUACAUCUACAUAAAGUAGAUUAUUACAACUAUCUAAAUGGGAGUGGUUGUUACACAUUAGGAAAUUUGGAUGAAAAAUAUGAGUUUUCUAGAUUAAAACAAUCUAUGGAAAUGGUAGGAUUUACACCAGAAAAACAGCGAAGGUUAUUUGCAGUUCUCUCAGCAGUGUUACUAUUAGGCAAUGUUGAUUUUCAACCUCGCAAGUCUGCUUAUCAUCACGAUGAAGCUGUUGCUGUACGUAAUCCAGAAAUAGUUUACCUAAUUUCUCAACUUCUGAGAGUUAAACAAGAAACUCUGUUAGCUGCUUUAACAGCAAAACGUGCUAAAGCUUCUGGAGAAACUUUAGUUAUUAAUUAUAAGUUACCUGAGGCUAUAGCUGCUAGAGAUGCAAUGGCAAAGUGUUUGUAUGGAGCAUUGUUUGACUGGAUUGUACUGCAAGUUAAUCAUGCUUUAUUAUCAAAGAAGGAUACAUUGAGAGAUCAUCAAGGAAACUCAAUUGGUGUUUUGGAUAUAUUUGGUUUUGAAGACUUUGGCAAUUCUAAUAGUUUUGAACAAUUUUGCAUAAAUUAUGCUAACGAACAUCUUCAAUAUUAUUUUAAUCAACAUGUGUUUAAAUAUGAACAAGAAGAAUAUCGUAAAGAAGGAAUAAAAUGGAGUGAUAUUGAUUUCUUAGAUAAUACUGGGUGUUUACAAAUGAUUGAAGGAAAACCAAACGGGUUAUUAUGUGUCUUGGAUGAUCAGUGCAACUUUCCCGGUUCGUCUUGUGAAACACUAUUACAAAAAUUUAACUCUGUUCAUAAAGAUAACAAAUUUUACGAAAUGCCACAACGUAAAGAAAAUGCGUUCAUUGUGCGACAUUAUGCUGGUAGAGUUAAAUAUCAGGUGUUUGAAAUGAGGGAAAAAAACUUGGAUCUAAUGCGACAAGACAUAGUUGGAGUUUUAAAAAACAGUAGCAUGGCAUUCGUAAGAGAGUUGGUUGGUGCUGAUCCUGUAGCAGUUUUUCGCUGGGCCAUUGUAAGAGCAUUUUUCAGGAGUUACUUUUCAUUUCAAGAAGCUGGUCGUAGACAUCGUCAGAGUAGAGUUGAUGGAGUUAAAGCAUCCACUUUAUCGUUACGAUUCCGCAACAGCAUGCAAAAUGACAGUAUAAUCAGGUACGCUCCAAAAUUUUCAUCUAACUCCUCAUCUUAUGGAGGAGGAGGGUAUGUUCUUAAUGUUGGUAAAAAACUGGCAUCUAAUCCAAACACCGAACAUAAAAUGCCUAAAAAUCACAUGAUUUUGAAUAAAUCUAUCAGUGCUGAUGCUACUAAACCUAAUAAAAGCACUAAUAAUGAAGAGGUAAAAACUCGAUGCAAUUACAAAUCCACAGAUGAAGACAAAGUGAUUGAACGGGCUACACAGAUUGUUAUGAAAAACAAAUCAUUUAGACCGAAAGAUCGCGGAAAUAAGGGUUUGAAAAAUCUUCAAAGUGUAAAAACUCUUGCAGGUCGAAUACAAGUACAGGGUACCAUAAGUAGUAAAGCUCGUAAGCAACCACUUACAGUGACUGCUCAGUUUCAAAUGUCAUUAAAUAGUCUAAUGGAUACACUUAACCAAGCAAAUCCGUUUUUUAUCCGUUGUAUUAAAAGCAAUAGUAAUAAGGUAGCAAAUUUGUUUGACCAUGACACUGUUCAGAGACAGUUACGAUAUACAGGUAUGUUGGAAACUGUAAGAAUUCGACAAGCUGGAUACAAUGUGCGACUUAGUUAUGAUGAAUUUAUUCAACUCUAUAGAAUAUUAUUACCAAAAGGACUACAUAGCAAUUCUCAAGAUGUUAAAGAUUUUCUAUUAACUCUAAACUUAGAACGUGAUAAUUUUCAAAUUGGUGAAUCAAAAGUAUUUUUGCGAGAGUGUGAAAAGUUAAAAUUGGAUUUUAAACUUCAUCAACAAAUUAUGGCAAGUAUUAUCAUAAUACAACGUUGGUUCCGCACGCUAUUACAGAGAAGGCAAUUCCUUAGAAUAACAUGGGCUACUGAAACAAUACAGUCUUGGUGGAGAAUGAUAUUAUCACAAAAGCUAGUGAAUAGAAUGAGGAUGGACGAAACUGCUGCUAUCUACAUACAAUCUGCAUGGAGAAAGUAUAGAGUUUCAAGUUGGUAUAAAAAUUUAAGACGCAGUGUUAUUACUUUACAAGCUCAUUCCCGAGGAUAUUUAGCUAGACAAAAAUUUUCUCAAAUCAAAAAAACGAGGAAAAGUGUGUCGGCACCACAAAUCAGUAAUUCUAAAGAUUCAAGUCAAGAAGAACUUCGUGACUCUGAAAGUAGUGGUGGUGCCAAAGGUGAUAGUGAAUCAGAGAUUGACCCAUUUGUAAAACCAAAAAUAAUCAGCAGUAUGAGGGAAGAUCAAUUUAAAGCCCCUAGAAGAAAAAUUUCAGGUCGUCGUAUGAGAAUAGAAUCAAAUCCAACUGAUUUAAUUCAAGAUCGCUAUAACAAAACAGAUGGACCACCCAAAGAAGGUACUGCAUUUAGUGACAGUGAAAUUGAUGAUAACCAUACAAAACCAUCAGUUGUUUGGAAUCGAAGAGAAAGACCAAAUGAUUCCCCAAAUAAGCGAUCUAUGCUAACUAGAACACCACAUAUUAUUCCAGAACCUACUGCUCCAGCUCGUUUGAUGAGCCGACUUCGUGUUUCAGCAACUGAGUCAACACCCGAACCUACAAAUUCAAAUGAAAAGGAAUUAAAAAGGAGAAACAGUGAUGGUUCAACAACACAUACUGGGAGAACAGAAGAGCCUAAAUUAACUUAUUCACCUUCUUUUGAGCUCUUAGAAUGGAAAGGCACUACCAUGUUUACUAUAGCAGGUCAUAGAUUUAGAAAAUUAGGAAGAUUUACUCCACAAGAUAAGUGUACUUAUUGUAGUAAACUGAUGGAUGCUUUUUUGACACAAGGACAUAAAUGUUCUGAUUGUAAAAAGUUAUUCCAUACUAAAUGUAUUCAAAAUGGUGGCGUGCUGCAAAUGCCAUGUAUACACCAAAAUGGAAGUAAUAGACCAACCAAUCGACGAAAACCAAGGAAACCUUUAUCUGUUGGUAAUAAAGCUCAUAUAACUCCAAACAUUCCAAGCAAUCAAAAUAGCACUGCUGUUGGCAAAUUCAGUUUAACUGGCACAUCAGAAUUUACUGACAGAACUGAUAAAAUUAUAUCUGAUGUACGUGAACUGAAGCUCAUGCAAGAUUUCAUAACUAAAAAAUUAUACAAAAUAGAACGAGAAGAAGUUAAAAAACCAUCGCAGGUUGAUAAGAUAUUCAAACAAGCGUUGCGUGAAUUUAAAGACAACCUUAUUGCCACUUAUAGUGUCGCUAACAAGCAAGGAAGUGGACAAGUCCUUAAUAUAAAAUAUAAAGAUUUAAUAGCCAACUUCUUGCAUGUUAUUGAGACGGUCUGUGGUAAUGAGAAAAUUCAGGAUGAUUUUCCAGUUACUCUAUGUGUGAAUGCAUUUCGAGGCUUUAUGAACGAGUUUAUGAAUCAGAAUCGUGUUGAAACUGAAAAACCAAGCAAAGGGAAACGCAAAAAAGAGAAAAAACAAAAGUCUGAAGAUCAUAUUGUUCAUGGAGGUCAUGUGCUACAAAUGAGUAUGAUCAAUAUACCUACAGCAUGUGAGGUUUGCACAUCAUUUUUCCUGUGGCCAAUUGAAAGGAGUUUGGUUUGCCGAAAUUGUAAAUUGACGUGCCAUAAAAAAUGCUAUCCUCGUGCUAAUAAAGAGUGUUUAAAAGACGUAAGUUCCUCAUCAAAUAUCCAGCCAAAAGGUGGUAGUGUAGCCAAGGGAAAAGUAUUUGGCCGACCAUUAGGCCAAUUAGACUUAAGUAUGGGUAAAGUACCUGCUGUUGUAGAGUGUCUUAUUACUAUAAUUGAAAUGUAUGGAAUGUACACUGAAGGCAUUUAUCGUAAACCAGGUCUUACCACCCGAGUAAAUGAACUCAAGGAGCUUAUUGAUAAUAAUGAUGUUAGCAAAAUAGAAUUUGAAAAAUAUCAGGUUCAUGUAUUAGCUAGUGUUCUUAAAUCUUUCCUACGUGACAUGCCAGAGCCAUUACUAACAUUUGACUGCUAUGAUGACUUUAUUCGUGCUGCUAGUUUGUCAGAAGAUCGUGUGUCAACUUUAUUUAACAUAUUAAAAAAGCUGCCAAAAGUCAAUUAUGAUUUAAUGGAAAGAUUAGUGUUUCAUCUUGCAAGAGUGGCGUUACAUGAGAAUGUAAAUCGCAUGAAUGCUAGUUCAUUGGCUAUAGUUUUCGCUCCUUGUGUUUUAAGAACUAACAAAUUAGUGCCAGCACAAGAAUCAUUGCGUGACAUUGAACAGCAGACUUUAUGUAUCAGCUCAAUUAUAAGCCACCAAAUGGAUAAAAUUAAAUCGACAUUGGCUGAUAUAGAUACGUUAGAUACUGCUCAUCAUACUGCCACCCAUCGUUUGUCUUCUUUGCGUAUCUCUAAAGUUUAUGGACCAUCUGAAGGACCCGGAAAAAUGGACGAGGAAGAGAAAAUGUUAGUUGGACAGAUACAUGAAAUUAGAAAAGAAAAAGACUUUUUAACAUCUAACUUACCAAGUUUACGACGUACCAACUCUGAUGAUGAUCUCUUAUCAACUGAUGAUGGAAGUUUAGAUGAUGUAGAUGCAAAUACAAAUACAAUAGGCAGUCGUAAAGCUAAAUUAAGAAAUGUUACAAGAAAAGUAAAACGGUCAAACAACAAUACAUUGGAUAGUGAUGAGGACCCUAUUAUGGUUUGAACGAACAUAAAUACUGUUUAUAAAUAUUCAUUCCCAACAAAUAGUUUUUUUUUAAAUUUAAUUUUACAAACAUAAAUAUAUUUUAUUAAGACUCAAUAAAAUACUUAAGUUGUCCUACAGGCUGUUACUUUGUAUAAAUUGUUUUUUUCCUUUGUAUGUUAGUUGGUGCUAUGUUGUUAUUUAUUUAUUUUAUUUUAUUUUUUAUGAGAGUGUACAAAGAAAAAUAUAUUUUGAACAUAAAGACUGUUGCUUUCGGAGUUGUGGUUUAUACUUCUAUUAUUUGUUAUUAUUUCUUUAGGAAUUGUUUAUUGGAUGUAAAAUAAUGUUUCCAGUAACAUGAUUUAAAAAAAAUACUAAUAACUGUAAACCAUCGUCUUGAGUCACCAACUCUUAAAGAUUUUAACUAGUUAACUAAUUAUCCUUAUCUAAUGCAUUUAUAAUCUUAUGUUUCACUUUUUACAAAAUGUUGUAAUUGAAUAGGUACUUAAUAAGAAUGUUAAUAAUUUAAACUAUUACAUAGUUUCUUUAUUUUACCAUGACUAAAUUACUUUUAACUAUGUUUAUAUAUAAAUAUAUUUGUAUAUUAUAAUUUGUUUCUUUCACAUAUACCCGAGUUGAAAUGUCUUAUAGUUUUGUAUUAUUAUUUUAUAUACCAUUUAAAAUCAAAAACCAAUUACUUAAACUUAUGUAAAACAAUUUGACUGAUAUUUUGAAUUUUAAAAGUAAUUUUGAUUUUUUAAUUUUAAAAUAAAUGUUACAAUUAAUUUGCCAAUAAUCUGUUGCCAGCAAUAACUUAAAUGACAUUAUGUAAAGGACAAAAUAAUGUUUUUUCAUUUAACUUAAGUAUAAUUUUAUUAGUCUAAACAAAUCAAGCGAACAAAAUGUAUGAUCAUCUCUGUAUUGAUUAUCUAUUACUAUUUGUUGUCGAACAAACACAGUGUUCAAUUUUACUAUCUUACAUUUUGAUAUAAUAAAAUAGUGUAUCUCUAAUACAAUGUA